AUGGAGCGCAAAAAGUACCCCGGAGAAAUCAACAUGAUGCCGCGGUCGUACGGCACGGUGCUCGUCGUCGGAGGCUGUGGCUUUGUCGGGUCACGACUGGUAGACCAACUGCUCAACUUUCCCUCCGAGGACGGCCAGCAGACGUCUCCUACUACAUCAGCGGCAGCAAAGGCACCGCCUUAUCCUCCGAUCGCAUCUCGCUCCGCUCCUAUCCCAACACCCAACCCCGAAAAAUAUCAGUCCACGAACCUCCUGCCCUCGUCAUUCCCGUCCCUUCGCUCCCGCUAUCCACCCACCAACCUCUCAAACACACAAGUCCACGUCCUCGAUCUAAGAUGUACCCAACAUAUCUUUCCCGGCGCGACAUACCACUCGGCAGACAUCACCAAUCCGGCGGCGAUUCUUGACGUCUUCCGAAAAGUCAAGCCCGACGUCGUCAUAAACACGGCCUCCCCGUCGUGGGAGGCCCCUCCAGACAUCCUGCGCAAGGUGAACAUCGAGGGGACGCGUAUUCUGGUCGAAGUGGCAGGCGGGAAGAAACACGGCGACUGGGGCGGCCACGUCAAGACCUUCAUCCACACGUCCAGCGCGAGCGUCGUCCACGACGGCGACUCGGACCUCAUCAACGCGAACGAGCUGUAUCCCUACGUCUGCCCUAACCCGCGAGAAUACUAUUCCGAGACCAAAGUCUUUGCCGAGAAGCUCGUGCUCGAGGCCAACGCGAACGAGGAAAUUUCGGACAGUGGCAAAAUGCUCACCUGCGCCGUCCGACCCGCGGGGGUCGUGGGCGAAGGCGACCGCGGCGGCUUCUCCGGCGGCAUUCUGCGCACAGCGAGCGUGGCGCCCUCGUGGCAACUGCACAUCCAGCUGGGCGACAACGCCAACCUCUUCGACAACACGUACGUCCACAACGUGUGCUUCGGCCUGCUAUGCGCCACGACGGCCCUCCUCGAGACAUACAAACGCCGCCAACAGGGCAUGGCGGGUGGUGUACUAAACCACGAGAAGGUCGACGGCGAGGCCUUUAACGUCACGAACAACUCGCCCGCCUACUUCUGGGACUCGUCGCACUACCUGUACUCGCGGUACGGGCGGGCCUUGGACCGGUCACGCAUGACCGUCCUCCCCACGUGGUUUGCGUACUAUAUUGGCGCCGCGGCCGAGGUGUUUAACUGGAUGACGGGCCGCAAGGGGAAGUUUAACAGGCAGACGCUCAAAUACGCGACCAUCAAUCGGUAUUAUAGUUGUGGGAAAUUGAUGGAUAGGACCGGGUAUGUGCCCGUCGUGCCGUUGGACGAGGGGUUCGCAAGGAGCGUCAAGUGGUUCAAGGAGGACGAGGAGCGGCAGAUCAGAGAAAAGGGCGGGUGGGAGAAGGAGAGGUAG